AUUCAUGUUAAUUUUAGAAACAAACUGAUUAUCUACUUUUAAUUGUUUAAUGAUAAAGUUAUUCACUCGAUUGGUCAGCACUCAGUCACGUAGUAUUAUUAACGUACAGCAGUUCAACAUAAUGUGUUCAACUAAGACUAAUGAGUGCAUUAAUAUGUACAAGGCGUUUGCCCAAACGCCUGCGUUGCAAAGCGCAAGGAUUAAUGCUGAUCAGAGCAUCAUUUCAGUUUGGUCGCAGAGGAAUAUUGAGAAAGGAAAGACUACCAAGUUUAUGAAGAAUCAUGUUCUGAAACAAGAUGGAAAGUUCUGUGAUUUUUUUCCAUGCGAUAUUAGUGAUGAAGUAAUAUCAACUAUUUCGCCGAGUGAAAAAUUGAGGGCUGUAGUUCGAGAUAUGGAAAAUGGCAAGGGCAACAUUCAGUAUCUUGAGAUCUGGGAAGCUGGGAGUUUGAUGCAAUCCAUUGAUUUGACCAAUUUGGAUCUGCAUGGAAAAGUUUAUGCUGAUGGUGAGUUUGCGAGUUUUGAAUUCUCUCCAUCUGAGAACAAGCUAUUGUUUGUUGCUGAGAGGAAGGUGGAUAAAGCAACUGCAAUUAAUCUGAGGCCCAAGGAUAAGGAAGGUGAUGGGUUUCGUUCUAUGGAGUAUGAGCAAGAUUGGGGAGAGCAACUGGUGGGUAAGGUGUAUCCCAUGCUGGUGAUCUAUGACUUGCAGAAGGACAAGUUCGAGCUACUGGAUGCGAUACCACGAGAUGUUUCCAUCGCACAACCAAUCUGGGGCAGCGACGACAGAAGCAUUUUUGGCAUGGCGUACAGCAACAAGCCUAGGAAACUCGGUCUCAUCUAUUGCACGAACCGCACGAGCUCCAUUUUUAGUUUGGAUCUGGUAAAUGAAGAGUACAAAGAGCUUCCAUUGCCCGGUAAAUCGGUGAAAUCUCCACGGAUUUCUCCAGAUGGAGGCAAAUUAGUUUGGCUACAGAGGAAUGAUGGAGGAGCGCACAACGAUUGCAUGUCUUUGGUUCAGGCCAAACUGCCAUUAGCUGGAGAUAAUACCGACAUAACGGUUAUCAUCGAUGUGGUUGAAAAAGAAGUAAAGAUUGCUGAGGGCAAAUCGUUCUAUGGUUUUUACACACCAAAAUUACCAACGAGAUGUUGGACGCAGGACGGGAGGAUCGCCGUGAACACAAAUCAAAAGAAUACUGUAAAUUCGUACUUGGUCAAUUUAGAGAGUAAAGAGAUAACUGAGAUGGAGUACACGAAUGGGAGUCAAUUAGUAUUGGACGUUCGAGGCACAAAACUGCUGAUGAACAGGCGCAGUUUCUUCCAAAGAGACGAGCUAGUUUCUAUAAAUUUGAAUGAUUGUAGCGUCACUCAAGUAGUGGCAUCAAAGCGUCUUCAGAAUUCGGAGAAUUACAUGUGGGAGUAUUUAGAGCUGGAACAGGAGAACGGCGAUGAAAUAAGAGAUUUCACCGCUAUCUAUUUAGGACCGAAGAGUGCCGAAUCCAAGAUACCUUUGAUCGUAUGGCCUCACGGUGGCCCGCACAGUGCCUAUGCCAACAACUUGUUCCUAGAAGGAUGCUUCUUCUUGUCCCAAGGUUACGGAAUGGUGUUGAUCAAUUAUCGUGGAUCAAUCGGCGCCGGAGCUGCUUCCGUCAAGUUCCUGUUGGGACGAGUCGGACGAUCCGACGUGGACGAUUGCGUCCUAGCCACCAAAACUGUACUGAACAGAUAUCCAUAUCUUGAUGAGAAGCGAGUGGCUUUAGUGGGCGGGUCCCACGGUGGUUUUCUAGUAACCCAUCUCAGCGGACAGUAUCCGGACAUGUUCCACGCGGUUGUCGCCCGCAAUCCCGUCAUUGACAUCGCCUCCAUGAGCAUCACAAGCGACAUUCCCGAUUGGUGUUACGUUGAAAGCGGCAUGGAGUAUACGCAGGUUGGCGAAAUAGACGAGGACAUUCUCCUGAAGAUGCGCAAAUGCUCACCGAUAAUGCACGUCCACAAAGUUAAAGCGCCAACCCUCCUACAGAUCGGGACAAAAGAUCUGCGUGUCCCGCCUUCUCAAGGAAUCGAAUACCAUCAUCGUCUCAGAUCCAACAACAUCAUCACAAAAUUGAACUUGUAUGAUGACAAUCAUCCUUUGGGAACGGUACCCAACGAAAUGGACAACAUCAUAUCCACGGCCAUGUGGCUCAGCGAACACCUAAACAAGGCUUGAGAAAUAAACGCAAACUCGUUGUUCGGUUAAUUGUAUAUAAUAUAUUUUACAUUUUCAUUUA